AGUUGACAGCUCCCGAGAGGUGAUUGUAAUGGCGGAAUCUAGUUGGACAAUAACAAUUUUCUAAUAAGACAAUUCGACUCUGUGUGCAGCGGUGGAAAGAAUCCGGUGCGGCCGAAGAGACGAAAAGGAAAGGAAAGGAAGAAGGCGAGUGCAGAAACAGUGGAGGAUCGAAGAGGAAGGAAGGAAGGAAGAAGGGCCGAGCACCGGGAGGCAGCAACAUAUAUAGAUAUAUACACGUUUCCCUCCUGCCCUCUCUCACCCCCCCCCCCCCGCAAAACUCGACAUCUACGAGAGGUUGUGAGAGAGACUCUCAGAAACCGACCUCGACGAGCAGUGGAAGAGGAAGAAGAAGAAGCAGUAGUAGAUAAAAAAAGAAAAGAAACUAGAUUAACAUUUUGAAGAAGUUCGAAGCAGCUGAAUGUGAAGAAGUUGGAAUAACAAGUGUUCUUUCUUCUGUGCCCCCCUUUUUACAUUUCGGAUUUACUUUUAGUUUAGUUUCCUUUUUGCCACCUUAAACAUUGUGAGACUGUGCGAGUGUGUGUGUCCUUUUUUUUUUUUUUUUCUGGUUUUUGUCGAAGGAACUGGGCAGAUGUGAUCGGCCAGUUGAGUGUUGUUAAUAAACAAGUGCUUCAGUUAUGGUAAAUAGUGUCUGGCUGGGCAGAUAGCUAUGGCAAAUUUGAACUUGAGGAAUAUCGGAGGCAGCAGCCUUGGAAGGUCCAGUGUGGGUUUCGGCAGCAAUUCAGUGUCCGGACAUGUCACCCCCAUCUUUGGCCAGAGGGCACCAACAGACAGACGAGGACUCCCCACAAUCGGUAACAGUAAUCAGAUGAGUAAUAUGGCGACGUUGAGCGGUUACAACUCGCUACAUACAGUGUUCGGGUCUGGGGAUACGAGCACGCCUCCCCUGCUCGACCUGAGUGAAUUUCCGUCGCUGACUAAUCGGAGUUCCAGUGGGGAGAAUGUCCCGCAGCCGAGCCCGAUGCCCGGCAGCAAGCCCUACGUCGGCAUGGUCAAGCAACCGACGUCCGAAUCGAGCGAAUUCACGAUGUCCUCCGAGGAUUUCCCGGCGCUGCCGGGCACACAGAUCAACCGGGGCGGAGACGGAGAGUACGCGGCCGUAGGAGUCGGAGUGGGCGGCCCCGGAGCCAUCGGCGUCGGCGGUGUGGGAGGAGUCGGACUGGUGGGCGGCGGAGGCGGAUCUGUAGGAUUGGGCGGUGGAAUCGGCGUCGGAGGAGGCGUGUCGCUGGGAAUGGGAGGAGACAAGGGCGGAGGCGGUGACGGCAGUUCCGGCGGUGGCAUAGGCGGCCUAGGAGGCGGUGGAAUGGGUGACAAGUGCAACCUGAAGAGCGGCGGCAUCGGUGGAGUCGGUGGUGGUGGUGGUGGCAUACAGACGCAUUCGGAUGGACGGGUGACCAACAUUCCUGCGAGCAUGGUCAACGAUCAGUUCGGAAUCGUCGGUCUGCUGACGUUCAUCCGGGCGGCAGAGACGGAUCCGAAUCUGGUGUCGCUCGCCCUCGGACAGGACCUGACCGCCCUCGGUCUGAAUCUCAACUCACCGGACAAUCUGUACCCCACGUUCGGCGGCCCAUGGGCGGACCAGCCCUGCAGGCCGCAAGAUCUAGACUUCCACGUUCCUCCAGAGUAUCUCAUCAACACGGCUAUUAGGGAUAAAUUGGCGUGCGUCAAGCUGAACCGAUACAAAGAAGACCUGCUGUUUUUCAUGUUUUAUAAUAACGUCGGGGACGUUCUGCAAAUUGCUGCCGCAAGCGAACUGUAUUCGCGGGAAUGGCGUUAUCACAUGGAGGAGAAGGUGUGGAUAACGCAGGUUCCUGGGAUGGUCCUAAUGGAAAAAACCUCGACGUACGAGAGGGGCAUGUACUACUUCUUCGACGUGCAGAACUGGCGCAAGGUUGCUAAGGAAUUCUACCUGGAUUAUAGCAAGCUCGAGGGCAGACCCAUAAUCCAGGGGAGCGGCUUACACCCUGCGUGAGGAUCGCGCAUUUCGACGUACGAGUCGUCACGCCCUACCAUCGGACACAAGAAACACGCCCAUCCCAAACACCACCACCACCCCCCUAAAAAUACACGUACACACAAACACACAACAACAACAAAAACAUCCAUAAGAAACAGCAAGCAAAAAAAUUAUGAAAAUGCGUGCAUUUUCACAUAAUAUAUACAUCAGAUAUACACGUACAAAGAACAGCAAAACAAACAAAAAAAAACGAC